UUUGCCAUUAAACAAGAAAGUCGGAGGGCAGAGAAGUGCUUCCACUUGGCAACUUUUAAGGCCACCAAAACAGGCUCCGGCCCUAGAAAUCAUAAUGAAAUCCACUUCAGGAUUUGCUCGGAAGACGCAGGAGUUGACGUUGAAGUGACUUUUUGAAGCUGGGACUGCUUCCUCGUUCGCUAACGGGGUGAAAUAUCUCAACAUCCUCACAAAGAAACUUUGCUUGCUAGGCUGCUAACUCGCACACAAGCCAGAAAAAAAGUAUCUUCGAAGAGGACGUGGCCACAAUAAAACGCUCCAUGACUCGAGCUACGUGUUGCUCGUCCGAGUAAAGUUCCUCUCUUUCCUCGGAGGUUUUAUGUUGUGUGAUUGUGGAGUGAAAUUUGUAACGGUUUCGAGUAGUCAUCAUCACCACUGGAGGAAGAGUUGCAGCUGGUAAUUUAGCCUGCCACCACCAGCGCCCCCACAUCUCCACCAGGCAGGACAGCUACAGCUAAUUUCAGGUAGUUAGGAGCUAAGUGGUCCCAGAUUCGCUACUGUAAACAUGUCUGGCCGAAGUGGCGCUGGACACACAAGACCUGCGGCUGUGGGUCCUCAGCCCCUCAAGGCCACCGUCCCCUUUAGGCUGGCCAGCAAGCCCCGACCGAGCCGGAGGGAUGGGAAGUCAGUGGGGAAGUCCAAGACCCACCAGCUGGCCUCGGGCAUGAGGCGGACCAUGUCCCUUGACGCCAUCAUCGGGCCUUACCUUCAAGGACACUGGCCGAAAGAACCGGAGAGCCAGAGCGGUUUGUCUCGCAAGGACAAAUCCACCCAGACGCCGGACUCGUGGGCAGAUAAGUCUCACAGCAGGAGGGGUAGCAGCAGCCACAAGCGUUCAGCAUCAUGGGGCAGCGCAGAGCAUCUGCGAGAGAUUGCCAAACUAAAACAACAGCUCCAGCAGUGCAACAAACCGGCCGUCUCUGGGGGACAGGACCGAGAUCGUCCGUGUACUUAUCCUCAUGGGAACUGUAGCCUUGGAGCUACUCAGACUCAGCCCAUUCCCAUCCCCCUCAGUCCCCUGUCUACGCUGGUCCCCCGGCUGCGCUGCAGCGUGGAGGGCCUCAACCAGGAGCUGGAGGGCAUGUUCAUCAGCCAGCCGCCACUGCCCCAGCACACGCUUCUGGAGGUCCCGGACGGUCAUCGAGCUCCGGUCCCUCUGCACAGUUGCAGCAGUGGAUCUCAGAGUGACAGCGCCACCACACCGCUGUCCUCCCCCGCCUCCUGCUCCCCCUGCUCCUCCCCCAACUACAUCUGCACCUCCCAGCUCAACUUUGUGGAUGUUUCUGUGGAUCCUCAGCAAGGUGGUGCAGAGAUGUGCCUCUUGUCCCCGUCGUCCUCCCAGACCGAGGCUGACGUCUCCCUGCCUCUGCUGAUCUCAUCUUCUCCAGGACCCAACAAAAGUUUCUGCUUCCAGAGAGAGCCUCCGGAGGGCUGCGAGAAGGUCCGAGUCUGGGAGGAGCUGAGUUCUCCACGGCAGCCCAAGCCAGCCCUCGUCUCCUCCUGCCCAGACCCCAACAAAGUGAACUUCACCCCCUAUGGGGGCUCCGCCUUUUGCCCCGUCAGCCUCCUUAAGCCCCUGCUCCCCUCCAUGGACCUGUGGUUCCGCAGCCUUGCCGUCUCCCCGCCAGGCAUUUGUCUGAGCCAGGGAACAAGUCAGACGGCGUCCUCUGGUAACCGGGCUUCUCCCCCAGAGCCCCCGGCAGCCACCUCUGUGAUGACGGAGAGCUCUGGAGAGGGCCUCGCUUUCUGAUCACAGCUGCCCAGCUUCUCUGGGGGAAUAAUGUGGCAGAUAUUUAACUGGUUGUGGAAAGGUGUUGAGUUUGUGUUGCAGGAAAGCCUCAGUCCUUUCUUUUAAAAGUAUAAAAUAACCAGUUAAAUUCAAAUCUUUUGAGGGGAGAAAGGAGGAAUAUUCUAAACAAUCCAAAGGAAGUACGCGAUAAGCUAUAGUUUUGGGUUCUAUAAAUUUGGUUCCAUCAUUUUGCAAUCCAAAGAGAUAUCGUGGGGGGGGGGGAGUGGGCGAUUAUGGAGCUUUGACAUGUUCGUUUGAUGACUGACUGCUCACUCACUGCACAAAUUUGUUUUCUUUCUCCAAAGAAGCCAUGACCUAAUGUUUCUUUACUCAUCUCUGUCCAGCAUGUCAGGAGUCUGGGUCCAGUAUGAAAACCCCCUCUUGGAUGAGCUUGCUUGUUUUUAAAGUAUUCAGAGAUAUUUAUGUGCAGCUCGACCUUGCACGUGUCGCUAGUGCAUGACAAAUCAGUUGGGUACUUUAUAUUUGCUUGAUUGAAAAAGGAAAGACAAUGAAAUCACAUUUUGAUUAUCGUAGGCUGAAGGGAAGUUGGAGCUGGGUAGCAUCAAUACCUUCAGGCUUCAGCUCUCGUAUCCGUGCUUUAAAGUUUUACAAGUUUCUGUUAUCUUUGUGUACUUGUAAAAGAAAAUAAGAAAAAAAAACAACUAACUUUUGUAUGUGUUAGAGGAUAAAGUCCUAUAACUCAUUCCUGUUUGUAGAUGUGUGUUUGAAGGUGUUUUUAUAGUUUGAGGUUUCACAGCCUAGUUGACUACCUAACCAGUUUUAGUGGUAUAGAUGUGUCAUCCUUGAUGUUUUGCUGAAGAUGAUUUUUUUUUCUUUUUGUGCUGCCAAGCUGACAAGUCGAUGAUCAAAUAGUUUUAUUUCUGGUAGACAUGUUUGCACAAAUUGAACUGCUACUUUUUGAGUCGCAAUUCUUAUUUUUAUAUUCACUUUUUGUACUUUGUUGUAAAUUUCAGAGUAGUAACAUGUAUUUUCUACAACUUUUUCAGUUACCUGCUGCAUAAGCUAAAGAUCCCUGUUUUAGUUUUGUUACGUCAGUCUGUUCCAGGCAGGUGUUACAUUAGAUAUUGUAUUGGGUAGACUUAUAUGCACUUCCAGGGAGAGGCCUUCUUUAGAGAGUCUUUUCUUCCACAUGUUGUUCCUGGGUUUGUUUGUAUGUGUGCAUGUGGAUGGAAAGUUGACUGAUCAUUUCACUAAUUUCUAGUUUUUAGUGUUCUGGUGAAAUGCAGAUGGAUUGAAGCAUUCUUUUUUUUUUUCCAAAAUCAUUACUCAAUGUUUCCUGAGUCUUUUUGGAUGCUGGGGAAGUGCUGUUGUCUCAGGUUCUGUCCACAUAAACAUAUGAUGAUAAACUGU